AUCUCCCGGCAUGCCUCGGGGCGCAGCCGGGCUGUCCCAUCCUUCGCUCUGGGAUGGGGGGGGCUUUGAGGAGCCGCUUUGUUACCUAUAGCGGGUCGGACAGUAGCACAUCAUCGUGGACCAGUUGGACUUUCUUGAGAAGUUUGCAGGACUGAGACCCGCGGGCAUUCAUCACAUUCUCAAAAGUCACGAGAUCCCAUAAGAAGUAAAUGUUGGCAUUUAUGUUACAUAUGGACUGUAAUGGCUGUACCCUGCAUCAUUCUCCUGGGCAGAUUAAUUGUGGAAUCCGUGGGAGAAUCGGUGAACUCUUUGGUCUCGGAUUGCUGUAGUGAAAAGCUUGUUUUAAAUGGCACAUGCCCUGCUGAGCAAAGAUGCAGUCCAGGAUGCUUUCAGAUAUGGACCAGUAAUGGAGGAACCUCCUGUAUUAAAUGUGCAAAUGACUCCAGUCAGGAAGUUGCUUAUAAUCUUACAGAGUGCACAAAUAUUACCACUCAAGCACUGGAAAUCCAUAUGAAUCACAGCACAACUCCAUCUUCUCCUCAUCACUUAAGCAAUCCUGGGAUAGCUGCAUCACUCCUGCUAGGAACUUUUUUCAUCUGCCUGUUCCUUGUUCUUUCUGUGGCCUCGUUUUUUUACCUCAAGCGGUCAUACAGGCUGCCAGAAAUGUUCUACAGGAGCAAUAAAGCAUCCAUCUUGCAGCCCAGUGAAAUGGCAUCAAUGAUUCCAAAUCCAAGCUUUACAGGUCGUAAGCCAAGAUAUGUUAGACGAGAAAGGACGCACAAAUCGUCUGCACCAGUGCUACUUGCUUCAUCAGAGGAUACUCAAGUAAGCAACGUCUAGCCUUCUCCAGGGUAUCAAGAUGGAAGAAUCUGGAAUGCACUGACACUUCGAGAGCACUUAGGAUCAGAACAAUAGGCCUAUCCGCAAAAACUGUGAAAAACUGAAAUAUGAAGUAAACCAAUGGCUUAAGGAUCUGAUGUAGAUCUUUGCCUGCACAAGAAAUAAAUGGCACAUUUUGGGAAGGGGGGGGGGGGGCGCUCCAAUUAUCUGCAAUUUUACUGUGCAAUUUUGUGACGCUCCUUAGGAGGGCAAUACUAUGCUGGUUUAUCGGAUCAAUAACUGACUGAAGUAUAUGCAGUUUUUGGUAAUGUAAUCAUAAAAUGUAAACGUUGGACUAUUUUUGUUCAUGCAUUUCUUUGUAAAAUGAGCACUGCUGUCUAUUUUUUAUUUUGUUUUGUAUUUUAAUAGAUUUCAAUGGCUUUAAUAAAUUAAUUUUGUUUAUA